AUGAAUAACUCUGUUCUUGCUUGGAACGUCAGGGGCCUCGGUGAGUCCAACAAGCGCGCUCGGGUGAAGUCUAUGAUCCGUCGAUGUCGUGCUGCGGUGAUUGGGUUGAUUGAAACUAAGUGGAAUGAGUGCUCGCAGCGGUUGAUUUCGUCAGUCAGUGGUAGCAGGUCUAGCUCGUGGGUGGCCAAGAACGCGUCCGAUACCAGGGGUGGUAUUGCUGUGUUCUGGGAACCAUCGGAAUUCUGUCUGCUGGAGUUUUGGGAAGGCCGGUUUUCGCUGGCCAUUCGUCUUCGGAUCGUUCGUUCGUUGAAGGUCAUCGCCAUCGUCUUCGUCUAUGGGCCACACGAGAAUGAUGCCAAGUUGGCCUUUCUUUCUGAGAUUGAUCUCUUAUGUCGACGGUAUGCGGAUCCUAUCUGCUUUCUGGGGGAUUUCAACAUGGUCAGGUCGGACGAUGAUUACAGGGGUGCCCCGAGAUGUAGGGCAAUGAUGGCGGAAUUUAACUCCAUGGUGAACCGCAAUGGCCUCAUUGAUCUUCCCCUUCAGGGCGCCGCCUUUACUAGAAGCAGUGGUAGCACCAACCCGAGUCUGUCCCGCAUUGAUCGUGCUUUGAUUAACACAGCCUUCGAAGUCUCCUUCUCGCCAGGACCCCUUCUUGCUUUUGAAAGGGUUGAGUCCGACCACAAUCCCAUCCGGGUUCAUUGGGGACUGGAAGACCGCGUUCGCAGACCGUGGCGGUUCGAAAACAUGUGGCUCCUGGAGUCAUUCAUGCAGAGUCUAGUUGGGUGGUGGAAUAUCCCCGUUUCGGGCUCGGGACUUCUGUUUCGCGCUGGUCAGCGUCUCAAGCAGAGUAAGCAGCUCAUCAAGUCUUGGAACGUGGACGUGUUUGGCAGAGUACAGGUUAAAAUUGAGAACUUAAUCAAGAAAAUCAGUGAGAUUGAUCUGUUGGAGGAAGCCGGGCCAAUCUUAGAGUCUCAGUUCAUUGCUAGGAGCUUGUGGAGGUGUGAGCUUGACAAAAUCCUGCUUAUGGAGGAAAUAUCCUGGCGCCAAAAAUCCAGGGAGCUUUGGAUCAAGGUUGGGGACAAGAAUUCGGGGUUUUUUCACCGUAUGGCUAAUUUUAACCGUAGGAGGAAUACCAUCCAGCUCCUGAAAGUGGACAACGAAGUUAUCUCCGAUGGCGAAGCGAUUAAGCAGGUGUUCAUCCAGCACUUUCAAUCCAGAUUUUCCGAGGAGGUUCAUGUUAGACCUUUCCCUGUUGAUUUCAAGCACAAUCUCAUCAGCCUGGAAGAGAACCAUCUCCUCACCCUCCCCUUUCAAGAAGCAGAGAUUUGGAAAGCCGUGAAUUCCUGUGGGGGAGACAAAGCCCCCGGGCCCGAUGGUUUCACCCUGCGAUUUUUCCAAAAAGCGUGGAACGUGAUUAAACACGACAUUUUAAGGGCCGCUGAUGAGUUUUUUCUGACCGGUUUCAUUCCGGAUUCAGUGGCGCACUCCUUUAUUUGCCUCGUGCCCAAGAAGACUGCUCCCGAAGAGGUUGGCGAUUUCCGCCCCAUUAGUCUCGUUGGCAGCUUAAAUAAGAUUCUGUCCAAACUUCUCUUUCUGCGGUUGCAGCCUUUCAUGAACCGGCUGGUCUCUCGACACCAGUUUGCUGGCCUGAAGCAUAGGCAGAUUCACGAAGCUGCCCUUAUCGCCAACGAGCUAGUCGAUAGCAGGCUGAGGAGUGGCCGCCCGGGAGUCAUCUUCAAAUUGGACAUCGAAAAAGCCUUCGACUCCGUCAACUGGAGCUGUCUCUUCAAUAUUCUGAAGAAUUUGGGCCUCUGCCACCGGUUCUGCAAGUGGUUAAAGGGUAUUGUCUGCUGUUCCAAGUUGUCGAUCCUCGUGAAUGGCGAAGCAGGUGGCUUUUUCCAGAUGCAGAGAGGUCUGAAACAGGGAGACUCCCUCUCCCCCUUCCUUUUCAGCCUAGUCAUGGACCUCUUCUCGUUCAUUCUUCAAAGUACCCAUGAUUCUGGCCUUCUUGAGGGCUUCUUUAUGGAUGAUUCCAAUAGAGUGGACGGGGUCAAUCACCUCCUUUACGCCGAUGAUGCCAUCGUCUUCUGUGACGCGUCGGAGGAAGCUAUGUACAACUUGGCUGCUGCUUUGGUUUGGUUCCAAACCAUAACGGGCUUGAAGGUUAAUUUCCGGAAAAGCUUUCUUUUCCCUGUUGGAGAUGUUGCUAACAUGGAUCGUCUGGCGGAGAUCCUGGGCUGCGAGUGGAAGUUUCUUCACACCAUCUACCUCGGUCUUCCGCUUGGGGCUCCUGUCAAGUCUAACGUCAUCUGGAAUAAAGUCAUUGACAAGGUGGAGGGGAGGCUGGCCGGCUGGAUGGGGAAGUACCUCUCUUUUGGCGGAAGGGUUACUCUUUGCGUUUCCGUGCUUGCUGCCCAGGUCAACUAUUUGCUCAGUCUUUUCAAAGCGCCCGCUGCUGUGCUGGAUAAACUUGAUAGACUCCUCCGUGAGUUCAUCUGGUCUGGAACUGGGGAGGUCAAUAAACUUCACCUUGUUGCGUGGGAUAGAUGCAAGCUGCCGAGGAGCUUGGGCGGCCUUGGCAUUCCUGAUCUGAGAGUCAGAAACCAGGCUCUUCUCUUAAAAUGGUGCUGGAGGUUUGCUGUUGAAAGGACCUCGUGGUGGAGAGAGCUGAUCAAGUUGAAGUUUCCGAACUCCCAUUCGGAUUGGUCCUCUGGCGACAUUCAGGGCCGGCUGGGGUGUAGCUUGUGGGCUGUGAUCUCGAAGAUGCGUAGCAAGUUCUGGAGUCUUGCCCAUGUGGACCCGGGGUCUGGGCACGACACCUCCUUCUGGUUUGAUGUCUGGGUCAGGGAUCGGCCCCAUCCUCUCGCUGUAGACUUUCCCCGUGUUGCUGCCGCCGCCAUCGCUCCGAACGCCAGCAUCGCUGACCUUGUUAGAGUCAAUGAGGGAAGCUUGUCUUGGGUUAUCCCCUCUCGUUUUACCCUUAGAGGAGGGGCGGGGAGUGAGAGAUCUAAUCUUUUUAACUGGCUUAAUUCUCUUAAUAUCUCUAGUUUUACUGCAGGUCCGCCUAGAAUUGUUUGGAAUGCUGCACCUGAUGAUGGCUUCUCAACCCAAUCUGCUUAUGCUGAGUUGGUUAAGGAGAACAGCGCGGCCGACCCGGACUUCCCUUUCAGGUUCGUUUGGCAAUCCGUCAUCCCUCCCAAGGUGUGUGCUUUCCUGUGGACCGUGUUCUAUCGAAGGAUUCUCACCCACGACGUCCUGAGAAGGAGAGGCUGGUCUUUCCCCAGUCGGUGUUCCCUGUGCGAAUGCUCUGAAGAAACCUUGGAUCACCUCUUCAUCACUUGCUCUUUUAGUCGGGAGGUCUGGCGGAUGUUGAGCGCCUUCAUCGAUCUCAGAUCUCCUUCACAGGAUACCACUUCCACUAUCAACGGAUGGCCCUUGGGUUCUUCUCAAAGCCCUAAGGCUUGGUGCAGCAGAGUGUUUAUCCAUGCUUUCUUCUGGCGUAUUUGGCUGGAGCGCAACUCCCGUAUUUUCCGUGACGAACACGCCUCCUCCCGUAUGGUCUCCUUCAAGACUGCUCGCCUCAUUGCCGACUGGUUAUGCGCUGGGAAUAAGGUCGACAGAAGCACUGCUGAGGCGUGGAUGCUCAUUCUCAAGACCCGGCUUCUCCCCAGGCCGGCCCCCACUGAGAGUUAG